AUGGCGUCCGUCAUCCCGGUGAUUUUCAUACUCGCCAUAGUCCUAGGACUAAUGGCUUGUGGCUACCUCUUCGUUCCAAAGGGCCCACAUCAAACGACAAUUCGUACGGCCAUCAUGCUCACGCUUGCAUCAUGUUAUCUUAUGUGGAUGAUCACAUAUAUGGCCCAGCUACAUCCUCUCAUCACACCAUAUCGUUCAACAAAGGGCGGCGAGAGUUUAUGA